AUGCCGAGCAAUGUCCCUCACACCCUGGCAGACGAUCUAGCGUCACUCGAAUGUCCACUUGACUUCGCGCCGGAAGCAUACGGCAGUCCUGGCGAGUCAUUACGCCUGCUAGGGACCGACUCGUCGGCUCAAGAGAGUCCAAGCGCCGAGACCAAAUGCCCAGGCCACAGUCGAUGCGCUGGUCAGCAGAGUCCCUGCAAGAUGUGUCUACAGGACAAGAAGGAGAAGCGAAGAGAACAGAAUAGGAAAGCACAACGAAACCACCGAUUGCGCAGUGAAGCCAAGCUAGAGCAGCUGAGAGCCCGACUCAAGACGCAGGCCGAUGAGAUCGUGAUGCUGAGAGACUUCAACCAAUCGUUGAUGAAGCAUAUUGAAACGCUGGAGUCCAAAGGGAGGGACGGUGGAACCAGAGAUGCGGGUGGCCCGAGUCAGGCACCGGAUGCGCCGCUGCAAGGUGCGUCCGGUUCUGCUUGA